AUGGCGAUAAUUUACCCAUCGCACUCUGUAUAUCUAUCUGUCUAUCUAUCUCUGAAUAUCAAUCUCUUUAUCCGUCUAUCUCUUCAUCUAUCUAUCUCUGUAUAUCUAUCUGUCUAUCCGUCUAUCUCUUCAUAUCUAUCUGUCUAUCCGUCCAUCUCUUCAUCUAUCUAUCUGUCUAUAUCUAUCUCUCUAUCCGUCCAUCUAUCUAUCUCUGUAUAUCUAUCUCUUUAUCCGUCUAUCUCUUCAUCUAUCUAUCUGUUCACCUGUCUAUCUCUUCAUUUGUCUGUCUUUCUCUAUUUGUUCAUCUAUCUGAUUAUUUUUUUUUUUUUAAAUGUUUUCUCUUUUAUUAUUCCUUUCUUUCCUUUUCGAUUUUCCUUUUUUCUUUCUUUAUUCCCAUCUAUCUAUCUAUCUAUCUAUCAUUAUUCCCGUCUAUCAAUCUUUAUUCCCUUCUAUCUAUCUAUCUUUCUUUAUUCCCGUGUUCUUUUCUUUCUUUCUUUCACCCGUCUUUUUCUUUCUUUCAUCAUUUUCUUUCACCCGUCUUUUUGUCUUUUCUUUCAUCAUUCAUGUCUUUUCUUUUCUUUCUUUCAUCAUUCUGUUUUUUUUCUUUCUUUCUUUCAUCAUUCCCGUCUUUUUCUUUCAUUCAUCAUUCCCGUCUUUUUCUUUCAUUCAUCAUUUCAUCAUUCAUUCAUCAAUUUUUUUUUCUUUCUUUCAUCAUUCCCGUCUUUUUCUUUCUUUCUUUCAUCAUUCCCGUCUUUUUCUUUCUUUCUUUCAUCAUUCCCGUCUUUUUCUUUCUUUCUUUAUUCCAGUCUUUCUUUCUUUCAUCAUUCCCGUCUUUUUCUUUCUUUCUUUCAUCAUUCCCGUCUUUUUCUUUCUUUCUUUCUUUCAUCAUUCCCGUCUUUUUCUUUCUUUCUUUCUUUCAUCAUUCCCGUCUUUUUCUUUCUUUCUUUCUUUCAUCAUUCCCGUCUUUUUCUUUCUUUCAUUAUUCUCGCCUUUCUUUCUUUCACUAUUCCAGGCUUUUCUUUCUUUCUUUUUAUUCCAGAAGUUUUCUUUCUUUCUUUCAUCAUUCCCGUCUUUUUCUUUCUUUCAUUCAUCAUUCCUUCCUCAAACAUUUGUGCGAUAUUCUCUAUUAAACAUUCCUCUAAAUGUGAGAUCCACACCUGUUUUCAGACUUCUUUUCAGGAAGAAGACAAACCACAAAAGAUGGAAGGAUAA